GCAUGCCAUCGCUCAGUGUAUUUGAGAGUGUCAAACGCCGUCAUUCGUGUCUCGUCGACGCAAAAUCUCAAGGUUCUUUGAGCAUAGGUUACCGUUCAUACUAAAGGCGUAAGAUCGUGAUUAGAGAGAAGUCGUGACGGGUUUUCCAGAAUGGGAAACUGCAGCAGUGUGCCUCCAGAUUACGAGGUUAUYGUCAAAACUGGCGAUGUAAAAGGCGCUGGGACGGAUGCGAAUGUUUACUGCUGUUUGGUGGACGAAGAGGGCAAUCGAUCAAAGGAAUUUCACUUGGAUUGCCGCUGGAAGAACGACUUUGAAAAGGGUAAUAUCGACAAGUUUAAGUUGUCCAACGGUGCAAUUCUCGGUUCUUUGAAAAAGAUMGAAAUAUGGCGUGACGAGACUGGGCUAGGAGACGAUUGGUACGUUGAAUGGAUUCGAGUUAGGCGACUGGGAGUWGCUGAUGUCGACGAAGGGGACCCUUUCCCUUGCCAUCGUUGGGUGAAAGCUGACCGAAAGCUAAUUUUAACGAAAUAUGACUGCAUGUUGCCACAAUUUGACGACCAUCCUGAGCAGAGAAAACUUGAACUGGAAGAAAAGCGAAAAUCKUAUGUUCUUUGCCGCAAGGCCCCAGGAUGCCCCAAACAGAUUGAAAGCUGCCCAAGAGAGGAAAGUUUUAGCAAUGAUUACAAGUGGAAUAUCCAGCAGACAAAAUAUAAACUUUUCAUCAAAUGUAAGCUGACAAAGUUGACCUCUGAUCCAUGGGAAAAGCUGGAGGAUUUGGCAAAUGUUUAUACAGGAAGUCUUGGCAAACCUUAUGGUAUCUAUAACUGGAAGGAGGAUUCAGCUUUUGGYCGGCAGAGAGUACAAGGCUGCAAUCCUGUCAUGCUAAGACUUUGYAAGGAGAUUCCAGAAAAUUUUAAAGUCACAUCAGAAAUGGUUGAGCCAUUCUUGGAUGGACUGACCUUGGAUAAUGCCAUCCAAGCAAAAAGAAUCUACAUUUGUAAUAUGAAGCGCUUAUCUGAUGUCAUGUGCAGAUUCAACCGCCUGAUCUGCAAGCCAAUGGCAUUGUUCUUCGUGAAUGACAGCAAGGAGUUGAUGCCYRUCGCAAUUCAACUUUUCCAAAAUCAAGAUGAAGAAGAGAAUCCUGUUUUUCUGCCYAGUGACCCUCAGUAUACGUGGAUGUUGGCAAAGAUGUAUUACAACAAUGCUGAUGCAGCAUUUCACCAGUCAUGCACACAUCUUGGGUUUACGCAUCUUGUUGCUGAGACAAUUUGUGUUGGCACACAUCGACAGUUGUCGCCRUCUCAUCCAGUCUUCCGAUUACUGGCUCCACACUUUUUGUAUCUUUUGGCGAUAAACUCGCUCGCUUUGGCAAGACUUAUACAGCCCAAUGGUUGGAUUGAUGAAUGUAUGACAACUGGAGCCGAGGCUUUGCUGAAACUGUGUGGAUCAAGUUGGCAGAAGUGGCAUAUGAACAUUGAAGGCUGGCUUCCCACUGAGCUAGAGGCGCGAGGCGUUGAUGAUACGCAAGCAUUACCGAACUACCCGUACAGAGACGAUGCCCUGCUUAUUCAUCAAGCCAUCUGGGAUUACGUACGCGAAGUUCUCGAGGGCCAUUACGAUUCUCAAGACAAGUUAAUCAAUGACUAUGAAAUCCAGAACUGGGGACACAUGCUUGCGGACAAAGAGGAUGGUCUGGGAAUUUUGGGCGUAUUUGGCGAUGGUAAAUUUACUGACCUGGAAGACUUGAUCAAAGCUGUUACAAGCAUCAUCUUUAUUAGCAGUGUGGGUCAUGGUGCCGCGAACUUUGCUCAGUACGACGAGUAUGCAUUCCCCCCAAACUACCCAGCAUUUCUUAGGGGCAAGCCACCAAUAACCAAGGACGAGUUAACACAGAAAGACAUCAUUGAUCAUCUUCCUUUGAAAGACAUGACCCUCGACAUCAUGCUUGUAACCAAGAUCCUUAGCGACCGUGGUACGAAUCCUUUAGGGGACUUUGAAGUGCAAUAUCAGUACGAUCCGAUUGGAGUUAGGGCUGUUGAUCGAUUCCGUAAGAGGUUGGCAGAAAUUGACAAAAUACUCGAAGACAAGAACAAGGCGCGUCCCUUCCCGUACCCAUACCUGAGCCCAAAGGAAGUGCCAAAUGCAAUUAGUAUUUAAGAAUUCGCCAGAGGAGACAAAUAUAACGACAUGUUUUGUACUUGUAUCAGAGACUGGAAAUUGUAGACUCGAGCAGAUUUGAACUAAUUAGGACAGAUAUUUUGACGCGAUAUACCCCCUCAUAUGAUAGGUAGAGGAUAGAAUCACGUGAUCAGRUUCAGUCCAAGCCAGGAAGAAAGUGUGGAAAGAAGUUGCUAUAAUCCGAUCGUUUUUUUUUUAAGGGUAUUUUCAAUUCAAGGUGAUAGUCGAUACAUUUGACCAGUUGUAAGCGUUAAAAAUAACUUAUGUAUGCGAAUAUAUCGAAUAGAGCGAGCUCUUUUUAUAGAAUUAUAUACAAUCAUCGUACAAUUUAUACAUCUAUUUACGUCAUUAGUCUUUCUUCAGCUCCCUUAAUUCAAAAUGUGACGAUAGGGUUUGGAGCGAGACUAGCGGAAUAGCAAGAGACACUCAUAAUAAUAGCUCUAGUUUAUUGAUUGAACAGUAAAAGUAUUUAGUCUUAUCGUUUAGUGAUAAAAGUUAAUAAUAUUUUCUAAAGAGAAAAAGGCAGCUUAUAUAGUUGCCAGGAAAAGCGUUUCCAUGGUGAAAAGAACCAAAUUGCAUGGAAAUGAAUUUGUGCUUAUAUUAGCAUCGCAUUGUUAGUGUAAAGAUUUGGCUAUAAUUAUUUACCACGCUUUUUAAAAACUGAGCAAUUUUGCUAAGUUAUGCAUGCCAUCAUGUAAUUGCUGAAUAGCACAUAGUAAAACCCAGAUUGGUAAUGUCUCCUUAUUGAAGCUAGCAAGACAGCCCUACCAGACUUUUAAAUGCCUUUCGAAUAUUAAUUUAUAGAUAUUUAUAAAUCUUAACGGUCUCUCUCAUCCUAUUAUGAGGUGGGAUAGUUACUCGGGCUGCUGUUUCAAUACUCAUUCUAUUUUGUAUGUAAUAAAAGUAAAGAAAUUGAG